UUGUGUACCAUAGAGCUAGGCAACUGUCUGGCGGCGCAUGACAACAGACGUGUCUGAAUGGAAGUCUUGUCGCCUGGAAAAUUCAACCUUUUCACCGAAUAUUCUUAGGAUUAGCGCACAAAAAAAUUAUGCUGUUCAUUUAGAAGAGAUAAUUCUGUAUCAGACAUUUGAUAGUUUUGUGCACGUUAACGCAAGAUAUACGAGUUGAAAGAAAGGAAAAUUUGUCGGAUCGUGUCUUGUGUUUUCGUCUGCUCACGGCCACCUGCUCAUUGAUUUGUACAGGUCAACAGGUGUAUUGUUGAUUGUGUGCAGUUUACAUACAAAUAGCGAAUGGAAGGUUUUGCCGUAAUAUCCAGUGCUUACCAUGUACGAGAUUGACUCUGGAAAUGUGAGGUCUUCAACAGAGAUGGAGAACCCAAAGUUUGACCUCGGCCCGCGACAUAAAAACAACAACAACAAUCAACCACCUGACAUCAGCAAAGAGGACAUAGCGUCUGUCAUUAAACUGAAACCACCUGCUAAGAAGACAUGGGAGCCAGACGUGAAAGCGUUGAUUUCCACCAAGAAAUGGCUGAGCACCUACGGACUCAAGAAGAACCGUUUGACUGUAGAUCAGAUCUUGGCUACUGUUGGAUUCAAGCAUAGUGAUGAAUAUGACCGAGCACUUAAGAAACCAAUCUGCUCAAGGUACGGAGAAGGAUUGUUCACCAGAUAUCCGGCAAGAAAUGGAAAAGUCUACAAUGUUAAUGUCAAGGUUGGUAGGGAGAAAAUCAAGCAGCUAGAGAACAGCCUGCUUGCAGCCAUUAAUCUAUACAAGAGACGCAUUGAGUGGUUGACGAGUGAAGCACGACGGCUGUUUGGUGUGAUUGAAGAUCACUGCAUCACCAUUGUUCUGGAUGUCAAGACUAGCUCUCCUAUCCAGUUUGAUCAUUGCCGUAAUGCUAUCAUUAGGGUCCUGCAGGAACAGGUCUCACAGAUCGCAAAGUUUAAUCUUAUCAGAGCUGCAGAGGACAUGGUGAUGUUCCAGCCCAAUGCUGUCCCCGUAUCCAGAGACAGUCUUCAGAAUGCUAUUGACUGGCUUCAUAACUUGGAUAGUGUGGCUGCAACAACCAAGACCAGUGGCUGUGAAGGCAUCAGAAAAGCCUUUGAAGACAAGAAUAUUGAGGCUGUAUAUCUAUUCUCGGAGGGUAGUUCAGCCAGUACCAACAUGGAGUUGAUGUUACAGAAGGUCCGAGAUGCCCCUCUACCUGUACACGUCGUGGCUUUCAACAAUACGGACUCCAUCACCAUCAAAUAUCUCAAAGAUGUAUCGAGGUUGACUGGGGGAAGAUUCCACGCCUUUGCCUUCAACAAGCUCGACUCAGACGUGAGCGGUACCAGUGGCUUCUCUCUAGACAACAAGAUCUUGAUGGGUGGAGUUCCCCCCGGUGCAGGAGCCAGGGAGGAUGUAGUAGCGAUGUUUGCUGAGCUGGAGGAGGCUAGACAUGCUCUGUCUGAUGUGCAGGUGUUGCUGGAGAACACGGUGCCGGAUGGCAAACCAGAAAGUGCUCGUCUGGCCAUACAGAAUGGUGAGGUGCCAGCUACUGGUGAGCGUAGUGAGCAAUACAUGGGCUCUAAGGAAUGGCUGUACAGACAUGGUCUGAAGUCUCGUAAGCUGGACCUGUAUGAUGCAUUGGGUCUAUGCUCCUUCAAGCAUUGCGAUGGCAUUGUGGAUGUCAAGAGACCACCAGAUGAUGAGUAUACAGAUGCGGCCUCCAGAAACAAGCUAGUGAAUGCCAAGUAUUGUGAUAAGUUCUGCCAUGUGACAUGGAAGGAUGGUUCUCUCAAGCAUGUGCACGUCACGGCAGACAUCCAUAGGAACUAUGAGAGGAAAACACUUGUUGCACUUGAAGACUUCCAAAGAAGGGUUGACUGGUUGCAGCAGGGUAGCCGUGAGUUGUUUGGGACGAUUAUUGAGGAUGAAGUCUACAUCCUGAUAGACACGUCUAACUCAAUGGAGAACCACCUAGGACUGGUCAAAGAAAAACUCUACAAGCUCAUGCAGGAACAACUUCGCCACAAGUCUCGUUUCAACCUGGUGAAGUUUGGUAGCCGGAGCAUGUCAUGGCGGGAUCGUAUGGUGGAAGUCAAUGAGUCCAGCUUACAGAGCGCAUGGCAGUGGGUCCGGAACCUGUCCAUUAGUGGAUCAACAAACACGCUUGCUGCGUUGAAGACUGCGCUGGGUGAUGUCAACACACAGGCUGUGUAUCUACUGACCGAUGGCAGACCUGAUCAUCCAUCCAAAACCAUCCUGGCUCAAGUUCAGCUUCAGAAGGCCAUCCCUAUCCACACAAUCUCCUUUAACUGCAAUGACCGCGAAGCCAACGACUUCCUAGCAUUGCUGGCUGCUGACUCUGGGGGGCGCUAUCACUACUACUCAGACGAGCUCCUUGGCAUCUCUCCAGACAUUUCAGGCCCGCAGCCCUACGAGAGCGAGGAUGUGAGAUUGCUGAAGGAGGAGAUGAAGAAAGGAAAAGAUGACUUGAAGAAACUGGCUGAUCUGAGAGCACAGUGUGCCUUGCUGGACUGGGGGAACUCUAGGAGUGACGAGCUGGGAUGUGGACGAGAUCAUGGUAUCAGGAAGCGGCCAUCGUCAGCCACAGGUCUACGCUCGGCCUCCCAGAUCCUCAGCCGGGACUCAGCAAGCCCCGCCCCUCCUCACAACUCCCGACCCGCCAGUGCCCAUGGUUACCACACAACAAUACGCCGCCCAAUGUCAUCAUUGAGUAUGAGCUCAACAACCCACGAGAAAUGCAAGCCAUCAAGGUCUAGAACGGCAACGUAUCCCCCUCGACCAAACUCGGCCAUUUCCAGGAAGAACAAGCCAAAUGUCACCUAUCACAACAAGACAAGUUGGUUGAGAUUACGUGGCAGCCUUGAUGGUUGGGUGGUCCCUGAGACUAGAGGUAUGCUCCUUAAACAGCAGGACAGGGUCAGCACAGCACUCCAAGGUCUUGCAAAUGCACAACAAAAACCUAAAGCACUAAAGAAGAAGAAAGUUGUGGAUCCAUUGAAGAUGUCCUCCAAACGCUGGCUGCAGAAACACGGUCUGAAGGCUCGGAAGCUGACCAUCUAUGACGCCUUGGGAAAGGCAGCGGUCAAGCAGCGGUCUAAAUAUGUACCCAUCUUGGACAAACACAUCAUCUCACAAGUCUUCAAUGAGAUCCUGCCUCUGGCUCACGUGACAGACAACAAGCAAGAGAUCAGCCUGGUCAACCCCUACGGCAUCAACCUGAAAGCUUAUGAUGAGAAACUAGAGAGAGCAAUCAGUGGAUUCAACAAGAGACUGGAUAGGAUUGUAUGGGAGGCUCUGACACCAGAGGAACAAGACCAGUUUGACUGCGAAGGUCCAAUCUCCUUCCUGGACAAUCGUAAGGACUGCCUGGAUGCUCUGGAUCGGCUCGGCUGGCCCCUCCCGGAGAAAGACAUCCUCCUCCUUGAAGAUGAGAUUGAGAUGGGCAACAGGUAUCUGAGACACAGCCAUGCCAUCCAGAGAGCUCUCAAGCAGAAGCUGAAUGGGUCUCAGUCAGGUGGAUCUACGGCAAGAAGUCUUAGAGAGGAGACACCAAGACGGAAGGAAGGUGAUAGGAGGAGGCCGCGCAAGACAUCAGAGGAUGCCAUGGAUGAUGCUUCAGAGGCUGGUACUAGAAGAAGGAAGGCAUCAGAGGAUACAUCUGAGAGAAGCUAUCACAGUGAUGAUGAGGAUGAGGAGCAUGAUGAUAGGAGAAGCCGAUCGGAGGACAGCAGCGAUUCCAGUGAUGAGGAGUUGAAGAACGUCCGUGACAGUGACGAUUCCUCCAAUGAUGAUGAGAUCAGAAAACCCAGAGUGGUUGUGAAGGGUGGACGAGAUACAAAGACAAAACCGAAGAAGAAACCCCCAGGAAGAACGGCCACAACAAAGACGAUAAAACAAACCUACCCAGCUAGGUUGCCGAUAAGGUCAAAGGUUAUUGCUAGGAGCAGCGUCAAUGGACUGUAUUACCCAGGCAUUGUAAGUGGUAUCACUGAUGCACGGCAUGUUGAGAUUCGCUUUGCAGCUGAUGAGGAUAAGGAAGUCAUCCCAAGUAGAUUUGUCAUCGAGACUCAAGGAGCUAGACCAUCUCCUAUAUUGAGGACCGGUGACUUUGUGAUGGUUUGUUGCCUAUCAGCUGGGUCUGAAGUCUGGAUGCCUGGUAUCCUGCAGUUUGGUCCUAGAGAUGAAAGCAGACAAGCCAAGCAUUACACAGUCAUAACAUAUGACCACAGAUCGAUGGAUGUUCCUAGGAAAAGUCUAAUCAAGAUAGCCCAGGCUCGUUACAAUUUCAUGGUUCGUUACAUCUGGUCAUUACGCAAGUCUUCUAGGGUGCCCAAUGCUGUCUGGUUGGUGUCAGGCGAUAAUGAAGAUAACGAGCAGGUAAUCCAAGAUCUUGAGGAUGAGUCUGGUAUGCACCUAUCACUGCUUCAAAGGACGCCCUCUGUUGAACAAGAAGCUCAAACCGAACAGCCGCAAACGGCCAGUGAAGAAGUGCAAGCGGAUGACACAGCUCCUGAAGACAUCCGAGAGACAUUGUCAGAAUUACAGCAACAGAUGAGACAGCAUCACGAGGAGCAUAUACAAACACAACAGGGAUUGCAAGAGGAACUGAAGGAGAGUUUCAAGCAGCAGAAACUGUUAGACGAACACCAGAAUCAAUUGCUGCAGAAACAUGACGACCUGCUGCACAAACACUCAGAGCUACAGCGGGAAUAUGACGCUACAGCAAGGCAACACCAGAAACUGCAGAAACGUCACUCUAAACUGAAGGGCAAACACAGUCUACUGAAAGAGGAGCAUGGUGUGCUGGAGAGUACGCACAGGGAACUAGACGACAGGUUGCAUGACAUGUCAAAUAAGCAUGGAUCACUGGAGAACGACUACACAUCUCUGAAGGAGAAACAGGAUGAUCUGGAAAAAGAACUCCAAGAAAAGUUGAAGAUGCAAGAAGAAUGGGAAGAAGAAAGGUCAAGACUUCAGACAGGAGGCCAGGAGGGGGAUAUAGCUCAAGAUGGGGAAGACAUUGAGGAUGAAAAUAAUGACAACACCAAGGAGGAGGAAGAGCAUGAGAAAGACAAGGUUGUAGAUGAGGCUAUGGAUGAGGAGGCAGAUGUUGCCACGGCGAUUGCAGCAGUCAACGGUGAUGAUGGAGUAGAUGAAGCCGACUACAAGAGACAGAUUGACAUCCGAGAUGAAGUCUUGGCGCAGUCUCCUGAAGAUGGCUGGUUCUACCGUGGAACUGUGAAUUCUAAGAGUGAAGACUCUGAGUUUUACGUUGAAGACAGCAACGGUACCAUCCAGAAGGUGUCUACAAAGUACAUCUUGACAGACAAGGAGGAUGGAAAUCGGAUGAUACAGCAAGGAGACACAGUAAUAGCCUUGCAUCCUGGCCAUCCUUUCCGCUAUGGACCAGCCACCGUCAUCAAACUCCUCCAAGAUCUCUGGUGUCAGGUGGAGUUCUACGAUGAGGAGAUUGCUGACGUACCCAGGGAGGAGAUGUACUACGUGACCCCAGAGUGUCAUGAUGAGGUCAAGGAAGCUAUCUUGGUUGGAGAGGAUCGGUGGGUGGGGCAUCCUGCUGUUGCUAGGAGAGAUGAGGAUGGAGUCUACUACUUAGCCACCGUCACAGAACGCAUCAACCGAGGGCGCUAUUUUGUUGUGGAAUGGCCAGACGACGCCACAAGUCAGCAACAUUGCAAGCACAUCUUUGGUGCCUUCUCACGUCGUCAGCGGUUUGCUCUGGGUGACUAUGUCUUAGCCAUGGCCAGUGCUGUCAAGAUGACGUAUCUGCCCAGUAAAAUCACCGCUACUGAUGGCGAUAAGUUGGUGGUGGAAUUCUGUGACGGAACGAGUUCCAAUGACGUUGACGCAAUCCAGUGUUUCUGGCUGUCGGAAGGCUACUAUGAAAAUAGUCGAAUCUUCCACAUGCGACAAAAUGUUGAGGUGCCAGCCAUCCAACCUGCACCUCUACAACCAACGCCACCAAGGUCACGACCUGCAUCAGCUUCUAGCAUCAGCUCAAGGUCAAGCUUAGGGUCAAGGUUCAAAAGGUCGGGCUCACCAACAUCUAGCACGUCUAGUCGAAGCAAGUCGGUUGUAUCGGCAGCUGACGAGUGGUAGAUGCAGUAAUUAUUGUAUUUAUUUGAAAGCAAUGGUUAGGAGCUUGAUAUGCAUGACAGGUUAAUAUCAGAUUUACCAUCAGUUCCAUUUUUUUUGUCAAAUUCCUUAAAAACUCCUCUGCUCUUUCUCAGAAAGUCCACGAUUUGUAUUUCAUAUUCAAUUUCAGGGUAUUGACCGUGUAUUCAGGGUGACUGAUGAAAUAUUUCAAUUUAUUGCGUUAUUUUAAACAUAAACAAUUGGGAAAUUAUGAUAACAAGUAGUGUCGACAAUUUAUGUGUAACCAGAAGCCAAAUACAUGUAAUCACACUGUUGAAAUAUUCAAACUCACUUAAAUGCAUGAAAACAAAAGUUCUGGACUCUUUUUUUAAUCAAAAUGAUAGUCCCUAAAUACUGUAAAACACCUUUGCAAUUUCCAAGCGUCUUCUCUUACCACAUAAUAUAUUUAUUUUGCAGAAUAUUUCCUUCAUGUCACAGUAAUAAUGAUUCACAUUAAUUGAUAACUAAUAUUUUAUGUCAGAUGCAUUUGCAUGUAAAGCCAGGAGAUGCUAAGCAAUAUGUUUGUUUUGCAAAAGCGAUAAAUCUUUUUAACAGUGUUGCAACUUUCUUUAAUUGUUUUGUUUUUAUGCUUUCAAAGACUAUAACGACCUACGUAUUCUUGCGGUUUUAAAUCAUGCAGUGUGCACAAGCUUAGUCUUGUGCAAAAGUGCUUUGAAAUUACUGAGUUUCGCAUAAAUUUCUGUACAAUAAUUUAAGAAAAAAUGGUGAAAGCAUGUGUGUGUCUGUAAAAAAGUAUUUUGUAAAGAUAGACUUGUACUCUGAGUGGUUUAAUUGGGAACAUCUGUGCAUGUUUGAUGGCUGAUUUAGAUUGAUUUAGAUUAGAUUUAGCUGAUGUGAUUGAUAUGUUGUAUCGAACCAUGGACAGCUUUAGAUUCUACGCAAUCUGUUUUUGCCGCAUUUGGACGGUUACAAACUUGUACACUUAUUCAGGGCAUGUUUCGAAAUUAAUGUAAAAUGAGGUCGUGGUUGUGGAUGUGGUUGGUAACUAAACUGUUUACCACAUGUGCCUAUAAUGUUCCAUAGACUGCACAUGCAUUAUCCGUCGUUAUUUGACACGAACAUGAAACCAUUCCGAGGAAACAGAGUAAAACAAUGUAUAAGUGUUGAAAGUUAUUGCAUGAUAGAAAGCGAAACCUUGGCAAUCCUAAUAAGAAAACCACUGAGUAUGGAGUAAUUACGGAUGAAAUUAAGGUCAUUUCAAAGCAUUAAAUGUCAGUGUAUGUGAUAUUGAUGACAGAUAAAGCAUGGAAAGCCUUGAAAUUGGGACACACAUUUGCUUUUGGUAACUGGAAGUGUUUGAUUUUUGAAAUUCAAACUAUUUCAAAGAGAGGACUGUACGUAGACGAAUGUAAGUGAAGUGUAGAUAAAUGUUGAGGAAGGUAUAAAUAAUGUAAAAAAUGUCUGAGACUUUGCUGUGUAAAGUAGGAAAUAUAAUGCAAUAACUGGAUAAGUAUUAAUCCAAGGUGCCUUAAUUAUUUUCAAAUAUCCACGUGUGUCAGUUUCUUGUUCAAACUUUAAACUGUGGACUGUAAUAAAAAUGAGAGAAAACACA